AUGUCAUCCUCCUUCUUUACUAACUUUCAUUAUGUGAUUGCAUGUCAUGAGAAAGCAAAGGCUAUUGAUGAUCCUUGUGCUUGGAUUCCGUGGAUUUUAUGGAGAAUAUGGAAAAACAGUAAUUCUGUGGUCUUUAAGGGUCUAGAUUUUGAUGCGCAAAUAACCAUUAGUAAAGCAAAGGAGGAUGCAAUGGAAUGGGAUGAAAGAAAUAGGAUAGCUAAUGUUUCCUUGCAGAGGAACACGGAUAAUGAAGAGAGAAAGAGUUGGAAACCACCACCGGUUGAGUGGCUUAAAUGUAAUACAAAUGCGUCUUGGUUGUUGGUGGAAGAGAGAUGUGGUAUUGGUUGGAUUCUCAGGGAUGAAUUUGGAAACUUUAAGUGGAUGGGUGCAUGGACAAUACCGAAAGUAAAGUCAGCUUUAGAAGCGGAAGCUGAGGCUCUUUGUUGGGCUCUAAGGAUGAUGGUUAGUCUUGGAUACCAGAAAUUGAUUUUAGAGACUGACUCUUUAAACUUGGCAAAGUCUGUGAAUCAAGAAACAACUUUCUCUCAACUGGCCCCAAUCAUCCAAGACAUUAGGUCCAUGCUUACCCAAAUACCAGAGGUGAAAGUUGUGUUCUAUCAUAGAGAGGGUAAUGAAGCGGCCAACAGAAUAGCGAAGAAAUCAAUCUCUAGUAGUAUAAGACCAUGUUUAUUAAAGAGACCCAUGAAAGUUUCUUAA